AUGGGCAGCGUGGGCGUGGUGGAGGCGGAUGACAGUAGUAGCGUCGUCAAGGAGUUCCUGCAGCGGUGCGAGCCCUCCGGCGACGCCGCCUACGGCGAGCUCAGGGCGCUGCUGGCGCGCCUCCACGACCCCGCCACCAGGCGCGACGCCCGCGUCUUCCUCGCCGCGCUCCGCCGGCACCAGCAGCAGCAGAGCUCGUCGUCGGCCGGCGGCGGCGGCGACCGAACACAUGAGAACUUCUUCCGGCGCUUCGGCUUCCACAUCCAGGAGCUGCUCCUCCAGGGUCCCACCACCACCGACAUCACCGCCUCCACCUUCCUCUCCACCAACGCCGCAGGUAGAUCGGGAUUUAUUGACAAGCAAUAUAGAUAUCCUAUUUAG